CCGUAAAAAUAACCAGGCAAAUAAAUAUACAGGUGAUAGGGAUACUCCCAGUUUCAUAGGUAUUGAGAGCGGUGAAACGUGUUUGUCGACUGGAUUCUUCCACUGCAUAAGAACAGCCGAGUAGGUUGUCAAAUCUUCUGAUUUGCCGUGAGAUUACAUGAUCAUCGUUUGUCUGUUGAUGAUGUGGUACAACUAAAGGCAUUAAUGGAACUGAAAGAAGGGUCUCUACUUUGGUGGAAUGUUUACUCUACUGCUUCAUAUCUUACUGAGAGUGAUUAGGUCAGGUUUUCUAUUCCACGUGGCAUUUUUAAUUGGAUAGUCAAAAUGACGGUCACCGUCACGUUAGUUUUUCCGUUUUCCUAUUUCCCCACAAACUUCAGCUCUGGAACUGAACUGAGAGGUCUGUCUGCCAUCCACGCAGAUGUUCCAGUUGUCGCUCUCUGACACUAUUGCCACUGGUUUCACCGCCAAGCACUGGAAAUUACUCUCUCUUCCUCCUCUUUCUCUUUCUCUCUCUGGAAAUCCUACCUGUGUUUGCAGUUUCAUACCAGGCGAUAUUCUCUUCUUUCGAAUGGCAAGUGGUUUUCGAGUUCGACAGCACUUGACAGGUUGCAAGUUGGGGUUAUGCUCAAGAAUUCAACUUUGCUCUUCCGCGGAUGGCAGAAAUGCCAUCUCGUCUGCUUUGAGAUCCUUUGGGGGGAUAUGUGAGAAGCAUUUGCAAAGAGUGAUGACAUCGACCCGUGCUUCAGGAAUUCUCAUUGAUUACCUUCAAGCAAGAUCACUUGGUUCAGCGCUUGCUGAUGGUUUAAGUCAACAGGAAGAUGAUCGUGAUCUCCCUUCUGAAGGAUCAUCCUCUGUGGCAGGAGGUAUAGUAGCUUUGGGGAAGUUUGAUGCUMUUCAUGUUGGUCAGCAACAACUUGCAAUACAAGCAUCAAAGGCUGGUGUUCCUUUUCUUUUAUCAUUUGUAGGUGUGGAAGAAGUACUUGGUCGGGCGCCUAGGGUUCCUAUAGUUGCCAAAUGCGACAGGAAGCGGGUUCUUUCCACUUGGGCCCCAUACUGUGGUAAUGUAGUUCCAGCUGAGCAUAACAUUGAAUUUUCUAGUGUUCGGCAUCUCACUCCACGCCAAUUUGUUGAGAAGUUAGCAAAGGAGCUUGGAGUACGUGGGGUCGUUGCAGGUGAGAACUACAGAUUUGGAUAUAGAGCAGCAGGUGAUGCAUUUGAGUUGGUAAGGCUUUGUGAAGAGUUUGGGAUGAGAUCUUAUAUUGUGAGCUCUAUUAUGGACAAGAAUCAAUGCUCUACAAAUAAAGACUUCAUUGAUUCAAAAGACAAAGGACAAGUAUCAUCAACUCGUGUUCGCCAUUAUCUUUCUGAAGGCAAUAUGAAACAUGUUUCAGAACUUUUGGGCCGCAAACACCGUCUCAUUUUGAAGAUGACAGACCAAGAAGGAUUAGUUAUCACGAAGAACAGGAUGUCAGCUUCUAGGCUUUGUUUGUUAAAUCUACCGCCCAAGGAUGGUGUAUAUGAGAAUUGUUCUCUUCUUGUUGGUGAUAAUAUCUUCGUACCAUGCAGAACAAUCAUUGAAACAACCUGGAUCCAUGUAGAAUUAGAUGGAGAAGGCGCUUGGACAAAUGUUUUUCAAGACUGCAGAUUUAUCACCAUUGAAUUUGAUGAUAAAAGAGUACUUUUGGAUUAAAUCUAUUUGUUACAGAACGGUGGAUUUUUGAAACACUAACAUUUACUCAUUACUGCUUUGACGGAUA